AUAACCGAAGCAAAGGCACUUUUCUCUUCCCUCUCACUCUGUUUUAUACGUAGUAUUUAACUCUCCCAUCGCACUAGUUUUUCUCUCGUUGGCAUUACCACAAUCACACACAAAAGCUUCCUUGAUUUUUUUUGUUUUGUUUUGUUUUGGCGAUGCAAAGGUUAAGGAGCUGGUCGAGUGACGUCGUGCAGCUUGAUCUAAGUCCACUGCCACCACCACAACCUCCUCCUUCCUCAAACAACACCCCCAUGAGCACCACGGCCAUCAGCGGCGCCGGCUUUUCCAUAGACGAGGAGGAGCCAACGGAGGCACGAAUCAGGAGGUUGAUAUCGGAGCACCCAGUCAUCAUCUUCAGCCGCUCCUCCUGUUGCAUGUGCCAUGUGAUGAAAAAACUCUUAGCCACCAUCGGGGUUCACCCAACUGUCAUCGAACUCGAUGACCACGAGAUCGCUUCCCUCCCUCCACCUCCUGCCCACGAUAGCCUCUCCUCUCGGAGUCCUGCUCCCGCUGUCUUCAUUGGCGGAACAUGCGUUGGCGGUCUUGAAUCCCUUGUGGCUCUCCACCUUAGUGGACACCUAGUCCGCAAGCUCGUCGAAGUUGGCGCUCUCUGGGUAUGAUACACAUAAUUAAUAGCAUAAGAAAAAAAAUAUAAUCAAGCUGCCAUUUUUUUAUGCUUUCCAAAUCUGGGUUUUCCUUGUUAAAACUUCUUUGUAAGUUGAUCAUAAAAUUAGGCAGUCCAGUCCCCCCUCACCCCCCCCCCCAAAAAAAAACAAUUUCUGCUUUUUCUUCCCUACUAGCUUUUUUGGUCAAAGAAAGCAUAUUGAAGAUAGUAUUUUAGGGAAAUUGUAGUAAUUAAAUCAAGUUAAUGAAAUUGUAUUGUAUGUGUGAAA